UAUAAGUUCAGUAUAUUGACAUUUACUUAGUUUCUUCGUUCCUAGCAAUGACCACUCCAACUAUUCCGAAUACUUCAUAUGUUCCCGUUUCUCUAACAACUAUAAAUUAUAAUGUUCCUCCACCUAUACCAUAUUUUUAUUUUAUACCUCCGUAUCCAUAUUCUUAUCCCUAUCUCCCUUAUUACAAUACAAUGCCAUAUAUACCUCUGCCAACACCAGUUCAACCAUAUCCAGAUUUUGCUCAUUUACAUUAUCUCAAUACACCUUCAAACUUACAUAAUAGCAACCAUGUUAGUCAAGAAUUAAAAUAUCACUGUAAAUCAUGUGAUAGAAGCUAUCGAACAGAAUUUAAAUACAAAGAGCAUGUUGCCCAGCAUGUCAAGUGUCCAGCUGAAAAAUGUGAAUUUUCAGCUUGUGAAAAUUUGAUUGAAUUUCAUUUUCAAUGGCAACAUGUUACAGGGUUAGCAGAUAAGUGUUGGGGAAAAACACCUGAAGAAAUAUCUCAAUGGGUAAAUGAUAGGAAAAAAAAUUAUCCAACACUUCAAAAAAAAGCACUAAGAAAUAAAUAUAUAAUUCAAAAAAGGCCACAAUAUAUAAGCAUUAAUAUGCCAAAUAGACUUGAUGGAAAAUCAAAUUUUAAAAAUAAUUAUUUAAAGCAACCAUUAAAAGAUGUUUCAAAUCAAUCAUUGAAUAUUAACAGCAAAAAUUUAAAUCAGCAGUUAGUUGCCAAGAAAAAUACAUUUGAAUUGAACAAUACACAUCAAAAUAAAUUUACUGAUUCUAAUAAUCAUCUAAAAAAAGAUUACCUUCAUAGAAAAAGGUCAUUAUGGUUUUUAAGUAGAGCUGCUCAUAAUAAACUGCCACUGGGAAGUGAUAUUACAAAAUGGAGGAAAAAAUAUUCACUUCUGGAGCGACUUCUAGCACCAGAAAUAAGGGAAGAAAGAAAAAUACUAUUAAAAUGCAUACAAUUUGUUGAUAAAUAUUUAUUAUCACAUGAAUGUAAAUAGAUAAGAAGCUUGACCUAACAACAUUUCUAUAUAUAAAAAUUUUUUAUUAUAAAUAUAUUAAAAAAUUCUACCUAGCAUAAGGGAUGUAAGAUAAAGAAUACCAUAUUAAAGCCAAAAAUUGCAUGAUACAAAAUAUUAGCACCAAUAUUUUCUUCUUCCACUAUUUUAAAAUCAUAAUUAUUAAAAUUUAUUUUAUAUUACCA